CAUGGGAGUGCAGCUCGAGCUCAGCGCCUCUUCCUGUAACUCUAUAAAUGAAGGAGUGUCAUUAGAUCAGAAGGAUGACUGAAGCUCCAGACCACUGAACAUUAGCACCGCGGACUGUUUCACGAUAAAUAAAGCGCCUUUCUCGCGUCUCUUUCUGAUAGAAAUGAAAUGAAAUGAAAUGAAAUGAAAUGAAAUAAAAUGAAGUCUCAGCUCGGAAGUUAAAGCGGCAUCUGUUGAAUAGUGGAGGACCUCAAACACACACUCACAAUGGAACUGCAUGGAAUCAACAGGCUUCAAGAUGGGUACCAGUAUCUGACUGGUAAUGAAUAUGACCAGAUUCAGGCAGAACGUGGUGAUGGAUCAGGGCCUUUUGGAGUGAAGGUACAGGUGCAGGGUAUACAGGGUCGUCCUUAUGUGGUACUAAACGGACAGAAUACGUUGUCACAACCUCCGGUCUACCCAGAUGUCUUUUUUAUGAAUCAGCCAGGCCAAGAGUAUGUUUCAACCAUGAAUGGCCAAGGUUUAAGCAUCCAAAGGCCUUUAAUGGAUUACAGGUCUAUGAGGCAGAUACAGAUACCUCCAUCAGAAGCUCAAAUGCCCACUAAUACACCAUCCUCUCCUUUGCUAAACUACCAGAGACACCCUGGACUUCUCAGACCCUAUGAUCCCAGAAGCAAGAACUUCGACCUACAUGAAUCUCCCAACCAUAUUAAGACUAAGUCUAACUCUGACUCAAGUCAGUUCGGCACAAACACUUUGCCGGUUUAUGCUUCCAAUGUAAUGGUGAAGCGAGCCAAAAUCCCCCUGCCUGGUCCAGGUAGAGGACAAACUGAAGAUAAUCUAGAUUCUGGACAAUCAUCAGCAGAAAAUGUACCUUGCCGCCAGUCACACAUCAUCUGCAGGCUGUCCGUACCUUACUCUGGUGAGGACUGUGGAUAUUCCUCAAGUAGGGUAAGUAGAGGUAGACAUAGAAACCAGGUGGAUGCCCAAGAGAGAAAGCGAUCACAAAGUGCAGGAGCAUCUAGUUCUGGUCAGUCUUCCAGGGCAAGCCCAGUAGCUGCAGGAGGUCAAGGGACCGGAGAGGGACUGGUUCCACCAACCGCAUCUAUUGGCUUUGUGUCUCGAAAUGACAGUCUUCCAAAACUGAGGACAGGAGAGAAUACUUACGAAUCAGAUAGAAGGACUCUAACUACAGCCGAGUUUGAAGGGCAGAGGAAUGAAAGGAUGUCACCAAGAUUAGGAAGAGUUCAUUCUAGAGUUGAUAGAGGAAACCUUACCAGAUGCCUUCAGCAAAAUGGUGGCCAUUCAAGCCCAGAAAGAGAGGCUCAGGUUACCCCUGAUAUUUUGAAAGGACAGCAGGAGCUUGUCGACCAGCCAAACGAAGAAGUGACUAAACUAGCACUGUUCAACUACCUGAAAGAAGGGAGUGGUGAGAAAGAUGAGAUCAUCAGGCAGAAGGUAAAUCUACUGUUUGAGAAGAUCCAGAUGUUGAGGUCAUGUGCUGUCCAGAAUGUGGAGGAGCUGUCGGAUUCGGUGGCCGAGGUGAAAGAGCUCCGUGACAGAAAAGAUGCACUGGAAAGCCAAGUCGCUCAGCUAAAGCAACAACUACAGGAAGAAAUGAAGAACAGAGAGAGUCUGUCAGAGGCCAGCGGGAAGAGUUCAGAGGAGCUGAAAAGAUUGCAGGAGAAGUUAAAUAGGAGUGAGCAAGAGCAAGUCUCCCUCCGCCAGCGACUCACUGACAUGGAGAAAGAGUUGCAAGUGUCAAUAGAAACAGUCCUGCAGAUCAAAAGGGAGCGAGAACGGAGUCGGGCAGAGGCGAAGAAUCUGCAGCAGCAGCUCUCAGACAUGCACGAUGUACUGGACAACACUAAGAGCGCAGAGUUCCAGGAGAGAGACACACUCCUACAGGACCUGGCUAAUUUGCGCAUGGAGUUCCAGGAGCUACAGCAGGUGCAUGAAGAGCAGGAGGACAUGCUGUGUUGGAAGGAAAGGGAGCUCAUAGCCAUAAAGGGUGCACUUCAGGAAGAGAUUUCUGCCCAUGACAAAGAGGUGGAAACACUGAAGGAGCAACACAAGGAGGAGGUCCAGAAGCUACUCAAGGCCAAAGAAGAAGUCGACCAGAAUGUGGCAGGUUUGGCUCAGAAGAAAAGAGAUGUGGAGGCUGAACAGAAGAAGAAUCGCUCCCAGGUUCAGGAGCUCAGCUUGGUUAAAGAGCAGCUUCUUGGCCAGGUCUGUAGCCUGGAAACCCAAAUCACCAGCCUCAACAACAUCAUCCAACAGUCAAAGAGCCAAGAGAACCAGCUCAGAGAACGCCUUGACAAGCUGCUGGACGAGAAGCAGAGACUCGAGGAGGAGUUUUCUGAGGUGAGACAGCAAGAAGAGGACAUGUGUGGCGCUAACAGGGCUUUGACUCGACACCUGGAGGACACACAGAGUGAGCUGACGAAGCUGAACCAGGAGCAUCGCCAGCUGAAAGAGAGAAUGAAGGAGCAAGAGAGACAGAUGGAGGAGCUCCGUAAGAGCAAAAAGGACAUGGAGCAGGAGAGAAAGAGGCAAGACAGAGACUUCGAGAAACUACAAGAUGAGAUAAAGAAAGUGCUGGUGAAUUCAGAGAGAGAGACUCAGAGACUGCAGGAUCAAGUGGAUGUGGCCAAAGAGCAGAGCUCUAAGGAGCUCGGUGCUCUGCACGUACAGCUUCACAACACCCAAACUGAGCUGGAGACGCACUCACGCAUCUCACAGGAAUGUCAGAAAAAGCUGUCUGGGCUGGACGCCGAGUUGGCUCAACGUGAGUCAGAGUUGGAGAAGGCUGAGAAAAAGUGUAAACAGUUGGAGAUGAGAGUGCAGGAGCUGCAGGAAUCCAGCAAAACUACACAAGAUGACCGUGACCGACAAGUCAAACUAAUGGAGGCUCGAGUAGCACAACUACAGGAUGCUCUGAGCGAGGAGCGCCGCAGUGGCGACACGAUGACGCACAGAAUGGAGAAAGUCAAGGACCAGGUAGAGCAGGUGAGAGCUGAAUUGCUGCAGGAGCGAGCAGUUAGACAGGAUCUGGAGUGUGACAAGAUCAGUUUGGAGAGACAGAACAAGGACCUGAAGAGUCGAUUGUCGCAUUUAGAAGUGUCUCAGAAGACAAAUCAAGAAGGACUUGCCACAAAACUGGAGCUGCGCAUUCAGGAGCUGGAGGAGAGACUUCAUGAACAAGAGAGGGACAAUAACACGCUAGAGCAGGCAAACCGUAAGCUGGAGAGGAAGAUGAAGGAGAUAACUCUGCAGGUGAAUGAUGAGCACCUGUCACUACAGAACCAGAUGGAUCAGUUAACUCUGAGACUGAAAGUUCUGAAGAGGCAGUUGGAUGAGGCAGAGGAAGAGAUAGAGAGACUCGAGAGCAGCAAGAAGAAACUACAGAGGGAACUGGAUGAUCAGCAGGAGAUCAACGAGCAGCUCCAUAGCCAGAUCUCAGCCCUGAAAACUGAGCUCAGGCGUAAAACCAAACCAGUCCUGAAGAGUUUAAACGAAGAUGAGGACGACGGAAUCUGAGCGCAAAUUAAAGACACGGAAGAACCGAAUUUGUACAACUCAAUAAUAUUAGAUAUAGGGAAAGGUUAUAUAAUGUUACGACUCUUCUGCAGCAUUUUAGCAGAUGCUAUUAUCCAGAGCGAGCGAUCGAGGGUUAAGGGCCUUGCUCAGGCACCCAACAGUGGCAGCUUGGUAGACCUGGGAUUGAACUCACAACCUACUGAUGGGUAGCCCAACACCUUAACCACUAGGCUACCACAGGCCCCAACAUCUCCUCCAUCACACGUUUUUGCUCUAUUUUCAUUUCACUCUUUCAUACUAUUUUAAAGCGCUGUACGCUAACCAGAAUUUUUUCUGAUGAUUUGCUUCCCCCUUCUGGUAAUAUAGGAACAUUACAUCCUUGUCAUAUAAACAUGAUGGUGGAUUUGACUCUGUUUCGAUCAUGUCAUGUAUUUCAUCUGUACUGGUCCAUGUAGAUACUUGUGGCCUAAACGUGAUGAAUAAAUAUUAUGAAUGAGUUUAAAUAAAGGCAAUUUUGCACAAAA